GCUGCGAAAGUCGGGAAGUAAAGCCGUACCCCACAUUCGCAUGACGACGAGCUGGCAGUCAUGGAGACUAUCGAGGAAUUGACAGGGCACUUGCUCCGUGUCGCAAAGGAUCUUGAUCAAUCCAAGCGCUACCUCGUGGCCGUCGCAGGCUCCCCCGGCUCCGGCAAGACCACAAUCGCAACCCAAGUUAUCCGCAAAAUCAAUGAAUACUCUCAAGCAACCUACGACGUGGACAUGGCCGGCUUCGUCCCCAUGGACGGGUUCCACCUCACAAGAGCACAACUCGACGCCAUGCCUGAUCCCAUUGCGGCACAUGCCCGGCGGGGUGCGCCGUUCACUUUUGAUCCGCAUAAGCUGAAGAAGCUGGUGGAGAGGCUGCGUAAGCCGAUUGGGUCUACCGCUAUCACUGCACCGUCAUUUGACCACGCAGUCAAGGAUCCACUGGAGGAUGAUAUCCAGGUCUUGCCGACCCAGAGAAUCAUCAUUCUCGAAGGCAACUACCUCCAUCUCAAAGACGAACCAUGGUGUGAAAUCGCAGCUAUGAUGGAUGAGCUGUGGUAUGUUGACGUGGACAGGGACCUCGCCAGAGAACGCCUGAUCGCAAGACAUUUGAAGGCGGGAUUGGCGGAUACCCCAGAAGCAGCCGGAGCGAGAGCAGACAACAACGAUCUACCAAACGGUGACUACAUCAAAGCUAACGCCGUCAAACCGACAAGAACAAUCAAAAGCGCACAAGACCCUCGUCUGAAAGAACAGUAGAUCCAAAGAACUGAUAUAAUCGUACACUCUACAACCUCUAAAAAUACAAAGAUGCUAUGAGCAUGCGACGUAGCCAAAAAAACGCCGACUAUCCAAAAGCCAUGUCCACAAGUGUCAAAAAUCGUCUCAUGUAUCGUAUCCUCACAUCCUCCUCAAUUCAACCG